GUAAGAUAGUACGCGCAUUGGCCAGCCAAUCCAUACUCCCAAAGCCAACCUUUGACGCUGCUGCCAAUCAUGGGCUUCGAAAAUCCGUCCUAGGAAGUUUCUUAUAAAUAACGAGCUCGAGACCUUCGAAAUCGUCCAACACAGCUCAUCAUGUCGAGUCCGACUCUCCGCACCGUUCUCUUCGCCAUGCUCGCAAGCCUCUUCGUCUCCGCUCGCUGCGACAAUCAAUCUCGGAAAGAUGUUGCUCUGUUCAUCUUUGGUGACUCCCUUAACGACGCAGGGACCAACAACUACAUAAACACCACUGAAAGUUUCAGAGCAAAUUUUCCUCCUUACGGCGAGACGUUCUUCCACUAUCCCACCGGCAGAUUCUCGGACGGUCGUCUCAUGGUCGACUUUAUCGCUGAAUAUGCAAAUCUGCCGCUGAUUCCACCAUAUCUCCAAAUGAAAGAAGGUGAAUUCAUGGGAGGGGCAAAUUUCGCAUCGGGCGGUGCCGGUGCUCUGGUCGGCACUCACAAAGGAUUUGUGGUGGAUUUGAAGAUGCAGCUGAAGCAGCUUGAACAACUAGAGAAAAAGCUGAGGAAGGAGAUGGGGAGCGAGAAGGCGAAGAGGAUAAUUAAGGAGGGUGUUUACUUGAUCAGCAUCGGAAGCAAUGAUUACUCCUCUUAUAAUCCAGCUCAGUUUCAGUCCAUUUCCACGGAAGAUUACGUGGGGAUAGUGAUUGGAAACAUCACCACUGUGCUCAAGGGGAUAUAUGAAGAAGGAGGAAGAAAAUUUGCAAUGAUCGGCGUGGGGCCACUCGGCUGUGCGCCAAGCAGCAGAGCAUCAACCAGAAAUGGUUCUUGCUUAGUCGAAGCCAACAAUCUAGCAAAGCUUCACAACGUUGCUCUUACUUCAGCUCUUACUAAGCUGGAGACUGAACUCCAAGGAUUCGAGUACUCCUAUUUCGACUUCUACACUACAGGCGGUGAGAUAAUCCAAUACCCAUCAAAAUAUGGCUUCAAGGAAGGGAAAACCGCGUGUUGCGGUUCGGGCCCUUAUAGGGGAAAUUCGACCUGUGGAGGCCGGAGAGGAGUGAAGGAGUAUUCAUUGUGCCGUCAUCCUGAAAAGUACGUGUUCUUCGAUGCCGGCCAUCCGAGCGAGAGGGCUAACCGGCAGCUUGCGCAGUUGAUGUGGAACGGGAGUCUGAGCGCAGUCAGACCUCGCAACCUGAAAGCAUUGUUCAAGCAUGAGGGUGCUUGAAUCUUUUUUUCUUUUCUUGAAAUAGUAGUUAAAUACUCACAUCCCUCUCGAACGUUAUAUUAUGAAUAAUAAGGGAUGAUGUUGGGUUUUCAUUGUAUGGUUGCGCUUGUGUUAAAGAACGAGGAUGUUCAAAUAAGCCCUAGUAUUGCUCAAAAUUUGACAAACUUGAAUUCCUUAAAUGUUUUGUGGAAUGUUGCGAAUGAAUGAGAUUCAUUAUCGCGUUGGUUCA